GUGAUGUUCAGAGGCGGCUGCGAUCAUGAACACUGCAUGAUAUUAAAUAUUCACUGGAUAUGCUGACGCAUUAAAUUGGCUUAAGGUCCACUCCAUAGAGCUGGCCUAUCACUGUCAUUGUGUCACCCAUCCAACACAGGAUAACAAGGACCCAGAAUGUUCAGCACAAAGAGGUUGAAGAAGAAGUCCCAGUCAGUGGACAUCCCUGAUGAGGGUUAUGCUGGUUCUCUCGUCAAAGACCUGCUGGCGUCGCCCCUCAUACAGAAUGUGGCCAGAUCAGCCAUAAGUGAAGAAAAGGAGAUCAAUACCACUAACAUCCAAAAGGCUCGUAGUGCUCGACGUGGAGAGCUCAAGCGGGGGUAUACCAUAGACACCGGGCAGAAAAAGAGUGCGCUGGAGAGGAAAGAUGUGCGGAGGAUAUCCUUCCAGAGGCCCAAAGGCACCAUGGAGUACGUGGUGGAGUCCCGGGACACACUCAACAGCAUUGCGUUGAAGUUUGACACGACUCCCAAUGAGCUCGUCCAGCUCAACAAACUCUUCUCUCGCGCUGUGGUCCCUGGCAAGGUGCUGUAUGUCCAUGAUCCGGAAUAUAUCUCCAGUGCAGACAGCUCUCCCUCCCUCAGUCCCAUCAGCCCCCUCUCCCCCACCUCUUCAGAGGCUGACCUGGAGAAGGCCACCACAGAUUCAGAUGAUGUCCAUCGGAGGCACAGCACUCCCGGCCCCGGCCACGGGCCCCCUCGGCCAGCCAGAGUGGUGUCAUCCACCUCUGAGGAAGAAGAGGCGCUUACGGAAAAGUUCCUUAAAAUGAGCUGCAAAUACAUCACUGAUGGCAAGGGUAUAGUCAGUGGUGUUCUUUUGGUCACCCCAAACAACAUCAUGUUUGACCCUCAUAAGUCAGACCGGCUGGUGCAGGAGCGAGGAUGUGAGGAGUACGGGAUCAUGUGCCCGCUGGAGGAGGUGCAGUCUGCAGCCAUGUGCAGGGAAAUCACCGACAUCAGGGUCCGAGAGCUUGUGCCACCAGAUCUGGAGCUAGAGCCUUCUGUAACUGAGGUGAGCCAUCUCAAGAGGGCGCCUCGUCUCAACGCAGCCGAUGCAGCACACCGAAUCCGUGAGACGGGCAACGACAGUGCCAGUACGGCCCCUCGUAGCACAGAAGCAUCUCUGUCCGAAGAUGUUUUUACAGAGUCAGAACUUUCUCCAGUCCGUGAUGAUGCCCUCGCAACAUCUUCUGAUGAGCUGCAGCAGAUAAAGUCCUCCGGUGCGUCUUCUGAAUCAGUGCAAACCAUCAACCAGGCCGCCACAGCCACCGAAGAACCCUCAAUGGUUGACAAAAAGGAUGUAAAAGAAGCUGUACAAAAUGCAGAAACUGAGGAAAGAGAAUGGAGGGAUAGUGGUAUCGAGCAGAGUCUGAAUACUACAGAUUUAUCCAGUGAGGUUGUGUCUGAGAACGUUUUGAAGAACGUAACGAGGGACCAGCCUGCGGAUGAGGCCAAAUCACGCACCACAUCCGAGUCGCUUUGUUCGGACACUGUGGCUGUUGAGGAUUUUGCAAAAGCCCAUGAGACACAGAAGAGCAUGGAAGCUCAGACUAUACAAUCAACCAGUGAAAUGAAGGAAGGAGAGCAAGGGAUGUCCAAUGACUUCACACCAGCUAAUGAGAUUGGAGCAGAUGAGGGACAGAGUACAGAGGAAGUUGUGCCGGGGCCCAAAGGCAAGCAGAAGUCCAAGUCGCACAAGUUCCUGUGCCUGCGGGUUGGCAGGGCCAUGCGGAAGACUUUUGUGUCCCAUGCCAGCGCCUCCAUGCAGCAGUACGCCCAAAGAGACAGGAAGCACGAGUACUGGUUCGUUGUUCCUUCUGAGAGGUCAGACCACCUGUAUGCGUUCUUUGUCCAGUGGACCCCUGAUGUGUAUGGAGAAGGGUUGGUUGGACUGACACGGGAGCCUGGGUUUGUAGUGGUUAAAAAGAACCAGGACGCUGAAAGCGGGGAGCACGACAAACCAGUACCUGAUAUCACAUUCAAGGACUGGGAGGUAGUUUCUGUGACUGAGUACUACCGGCGGAUAGAUGCGCUAAACAGUGAGGACCUGCGCUCGCUCUGCAAACGUCUUCAGAUCACAACCAAGGAAGAGGUGAACUCCAAACACAUGGUGAAGAGUGACCCAGAACCCGAAUCAUUCAGGCCCAGUCUGAAUGAGCCCAGUGUCCUGCUGCAACCUGAUCAGAUCGAAAAGCUGGCCAAGCACCUCCCCCCCAGGACGAUUGGCUAUCCCUGGUCUCUGGCAUUCAGCACAUCCAAACAUGGCAUGAGCAUCAAGAGCCUGUACCGCGCCAUGCAGGCCCAGGACUCCCCGGUACUCAUGGUGAUCAAGGACAGUGAUGGACAGAUGUUUGGAGCUCUCGCUUCAGAGCCAUUUAAAGUCAGUGACGGCUUCUAUGGCACCGGAGAGACAUUCGUUUUCACAUUCUGUCCAGAAUUUGAGGUAGGGAAUAAAUUAAUGAAGUAUACAUGUAUGUCUUAGAUGGAGCAGUAGAGUGGUGACAAUAUGUUCUUCAUCAAAGGAGAUAUGGACUCCUUAGCUUUUGGCGGUGGAGGGGGUGAAUUUGGGCUGUGGUUGGAUGGCGACCUCUAUCAUGGCAGAACUCACUCAUGUAAGACCUUUGGAAAUCCAAUGCUCUCGAAAACGGAGGACUUCUAUGUGCAGGACAUUGAAAUAUGGGCCUUUGAAUAACCCCCCCCCACCGGACUCGGUACACAAUAAAGUGGGGUUAUAAGGCCACAUCACUAGACCCCCAUAACUGAUUAUACACCCUCCACUUGGCUCCUAAGAAGCCCUGAUAGAGGCAGAGCAGAUAUACAGCGUACCCUGUCCUUCAUUUCUGGAAAUGGUCAGCAUGGGUGGGUGUUCUUCGCUGGUUUCCCAAUGAAAGUUUCUUUACCCAUUUGCAGCCUGAGGUCCUCUAGUUUGGAGGAUAAGGAAGGGCGCUAAUGGAUUUUCCAGAAUAUUGUAGAACUUUC